AUGUUUCCAGCCGCCACCCGUGAAGAGGUGGUGCGGUGGGGCACGCUGCUACACGACGCGUUGCACACCGUCGGGCUCGCCCCAACCCCUGCUGUGGUGGCGGCGCUUAACACCCUCACGUCGUACGCGGAGUCCCCGCUCACGCGCUACAGCGAUCCGGAGAGGGGGGCACGCACCGCCAAGGCGCACGGCGCUCUUCUUCUUGCGCUGCACACGGCGACGUCGCCGUGGCCAGCCGUGCUGCUGCGCAGACUCGCGCUGCCGCCUGUGCGCAUCGCCGACCGCGACAUUUCUGUGAGCGGCCCGGCGAUGGAGGUGUUUGUUGUGUUGUACAACGCUGCCAUCAGUAACUGCAAUGCAGGCAUUGCGGCGAUGGAGCGUGUGCAGGUGAAUUACACCCGCGGGGCGACACGCAACUCGCGUGCGAGCGCGUCCCUCAGCGGGGACACGAAGGCCGCGUUCAACAGUUUUCAUGUGGGGGCCGAACUCGCAGCGUACGGAGAACAGGCGUUGUUAACGGAAGAAUCGGAAAAUCUGCUGACGCCCGCGGACUGUGACCUCAUCCAGCAGAACUUUAAUUUUCGCACCCUCCGCGAGACGGCGGAUUUCUGCAAGGCGGUCGCGAAGUACGCGCACGCCACCACCUCCCACGCCACAUCGAAGCAACACAAUGCCCUUGCGAAACUCGCCCACAGUGCGUACACCGUGGGGCUUUCCGCGGCACACGUCUUGGAGUCGCUUCGUUUCCUGCCGCAGCUGCUGCUUGCCGCGUACCACCGCCAUCGGGCGGAACACUACAAUAGCGCAGCGGAGGUUCUUGACAUGUCGCUUGCGCUUGGACACAUUGCGUACGCCUGGCGACUAGUGAAGGAACUGGAGGAGGAGGAGCUUGCUAGCAGCAUGGCUGCCUCCGCGGCGUUCAAGGAAAAGAUGAGGCAGAGCGGCGGUUGGAAGCUGCUUGGGCGAUUGAGUGCCACGCUCGUAGGCUCCCAGACGGCUAAAGCCGGUGGCACCGCUGAUGGCGACUUGCCGGCGCAGCCCUUUAGAAAACUUGAGGAACUGCUGGAGGAGUCGGACCUCGUGCGGGUGUUUCCUCUUGCCCAUAUACUCCUCCAUGACAUCGCCACGCUUCAUGACAAGUACCAACACGAGAACUCUGUUGUGUACUACGAAAGGCCGGCACGGGAAGAAGUCGUGAUCGCUGAUGCACCUGCGGUCGAGACACUCAACUGCUUCAGCACUCCCUCUGAGUACGUGCCUCUGGCCAUCAAGCUUUCAGCAGACAUGACCAAGUUUGGCGAAAUGCCGUCUGGAGAAAGGUUGGAGGAACUGCUGCAGCAACAGGAGGCGACCCGCGGAAUGCAGGAUAGUGUGCGGAAGCAGCUGGAGGACGUGCAGGGGCUAGUCCAUGAAAUGGAGUUGGCGUUGCUUUUGCCGUCAAGUGUGGAGUCGGAAUUGUCCGCUCUCGAGGCGCUGCUGCACCGAGACAGGGGCGUCGUGGUGACGCUUGACGAACGCUUCGAGGAGGCGUACGAGUCCGUCGCGCAGGCCCUGCAGCGGUGCGAGAAGGUCAACGGGGAGUUGUGCCGUGUCAAGAAGGGGUACCGCGGUAAAAACGUUGCCGUUGCGGUGGGGGCAACCGCGCUGAGGCAGCGUGAGCGAGCGUGGCACAAGAGGGCAGAUGCUGUACGCGCUGCUCUUGCGAAGGAGCUGCCGCAUUGCGGCGAGGCGGCGUUGCGUGAGGCACUUCUGCUCCCUGCCGGGGCGGCGUUGCGCCUGUGCAUAACACAAGCCAAAGUCGCGAUGUCGAGGGCGAAGGAAACGAUUGCGCGGCACGCCCCCCACACGGAUGCCUGUGCCGUGCACUUGGCAGAGCUGAGAAGCAUAAGGAAGGAAUCUGUCGCGGCGCUCGAGCAGAUGGCUUCGCUCCGCACACCGAAUCGCUGGGGGCGUGUGGCAUGCGCGCUAUCCGAUGCGGCGGAGGUCAUCAUCACGGCGGAGAAAUUUGUGGAGGCGGUGGAGGCGGAGCUGCAGCUGACGGAAACACUGAAAGACCACAUUGUCCCCACAACGCGGCACCCCGCGCCAGAUGGGCCCGUACUUUGUUCCGAGUCGCGAAAGCCGCGGCAGACGCCAAACACCCUCCUCUCAAAGGCGGUGGAAAGACGCCCCAAGCGUGCUCGCUCGUCUGAGACGCAGAGCGACGAGGAAGAGGAGGAAGAUGAGGAAGUGAGCGGGGAAAAAGCAGUUGAGUCGCCGCCAGAACAACAGCGAAAAGGAGUGCCCCGAAAGGCGAUCAAAAGAACGAGGCAGCUGGCGGAGGAGGAGGCGGAGGACCGCUCGCCUCCCGCGCUGGCAAAGAUGGCCAAGGCAGCAGCACAUAGUGCGAAUACAGCUGAGAUGGCACACAGCAGUGAGACGGUGAGAAUCCCCGAGGCCAUCGUCUCUGCAUCGCUGCUGGAGCGCCUUCGGCGUCGGCAGCAGGAGUUGGGGGCGGACGGGGAGAAGGCAAAGGAAGCAACAGGGGCCUCAGACAGGGGCGUGGGGAAAAGAGAGCAGGGUGGCAAAAGACAACGGCAGCGGUAG